CCUCACACCUGCCCUGGCUGUGAGCAGCUUCCAGCCCUGUCCGACACCAGCCCGGAGCCGCCCCCAUUGGCACCCCCUGCACUGCCCUGGAACCGGGCCCCUCAGCGAUCCCCCAGCCAUGGCCACCCCCAAGUUUGCCGACCUGCCUGGCAUCGCCUGGAAUGAACCAGAGGUCUAUGAGACCAGUGACACACCCGAGGGCGACCAGGCCGAGUUUGAGGCAAGACUCGAGGAGCUUACCAGCACCAGUGUGGAGCACUUUGUCAUCAACCCCAAUGCUGCCUUCGAGAAGUUCAAGGACAAGCGCCUGGGCACCAAGGGAGUGGAUUUCUCCGACAGCACAAGCAAGACCAGUACAACAGGCUACAAGUCUGGAGAGUAUGAAAAUGUGAGUCAAACAACUACUACCAAAGGGUUUUGGGUACUGGUGUACCAGCACCUGCAGGGACCUGCAGGCAGGCCAUCCUUGGGGGCUGACACAGCCGCCUGUCCUACCCCUGCGCAGAGUGCAUUGAAGGAGUCGGAGGCUGAGGAGGAGCUCAUACCCAUGGCCUUGGCCAGGCAGGUGGAAGGCCUGAAGCAGCAGCUGGUCUCCAGCCACCUGGAAAAGCUACUGGGCCCUGCUGCAGCCAUAGACUUCACGGACCUCGAAGGCACGCUGGCCAAGCGCCUGUUGCAGCAGCUGGAGGAGGUGAAGUGCAAGAAGGCAGUGUCAGGGGAGAGACCCGGCAAGGCCCCAGCCCCCACUGGAGACAUGCUCACCUUUGAGCUGUACUGGAGGCCAGAGCAGGACCAGUUCUCCCAGGCUGUUAAUAUUGCAGAGCUGGAGAAGCGGUUGGCACAGCUGGAGGUGAUGGUACGAUACGAGCCUGACAGCCAGAACCCAUCAUUGGUUGGGCUGAAGGGCACCAGCCUUGUGGAGACCGUGCAGAUCCUCCAAGCCAAAGUGAACAUCCUGGACAUGGCUGUGCUGGACCAAGUGGAGGCCAGGCUGCAGAGCGUCCUGCAGAAGGUCAUUGAAAACACCGAGCACAAGGCAAUCAUGCUAGACCCUGAAACCCAGAGCAAAAUACACCAGGUCCAUGAGAUGCUGCAGCGCUGGGACCCUGUGGUCAGCAGUCUGCCUGAUGUGGUACAGCGACUGCUGAUCCUCAGGGACCUGCAUGAGGAAGCUACGUGGUUCAUGCAGGCCCUGGUAUACUGGGAGACCACGCAGCAGGAGAUGGUUGUUGAUCUCAGGAGCAAGGCCUUGCUGCUGGUGGAGGUCCAGAAGACGUUAAAGGAAAAUCUGGCCAUUGUAAGGGACAAUUUUUCAGCUCUAAAAGCCCACAUCAAACAGCUGCAGCAGUGAGAGAAACCCAGAGUCCAUUCGGGCAUUGCUGCAACCUCGAACUCCACAACCCCCUUGGA